AUGUUAUCAUCCCGUUUUACAAAAAAUACUCUGGAAAAAUUACCUGAUGAAUUACUUCUCUCAAUUUGUCGAUAUUUAUCAUCCGCAGAUGUACUUUUUUCUUUCUAUGGACUUAAUUCUCGAUUAUCUCAAACAAUAAGUGGUUAUUAUCAACAUGUUGUUAUUGCUAAACUUCCAUAUACACAAUUUCAUUGUAUAUGUACAUCGAUUUUACCUCAUGUUGGUUUAAAUAUUUCUUCAUUAGUCAUUAGUAAUCAAUGGAAAGGUGUUUUAUCUACAUUAUUUUUAAAUUAUUUCAGUGAUAAAAUGUCUUUGAUAUUUCCACAAUUAAAACAUUUAACAUUUAUAUCAUUUAAUUCUAAUUCAUUAAAAUUAUUUCUUAAUUCUCUACAAAAUCUUCCACAAUUACGUGGAAUUAAUUUAUAUUUUCAAUACGAUGGAUCGAUUGAUUCCGAUGGCUCUGAAACAUUAUUAGAUAGACUAUUUUCUGCCAAUAAUAAUCGAUUAAAUUCCAUAUUAUUUGAUGAUGAAUCAAUUAUUUUCUCUGUUGAUGAUAAAAUUUGUAAUAGAUUUUAUUGUAAUAUUCAAAAAUUAAGUCUUGAUAUAAAAACAUUAUGUGAUCUUCAUCAACUUCUUACAAUUUUACCUCAACUUAUAUCAAUAACUGUAACUAUAAAUGAAGAUUCAUCAAUACCAGACAAUAUAAAUACUUGUACACCAGUUCAUAGUUUAAAAGAAUUACAAUUACAAUCAUUUAGUCCAUCAUGGAGUUAUGAUGAACUUGCAUCUAUUUUAAAACGUAUUCCUAAUGUUGAGAUUCUUUCAAUUUCAAUUGAAACUUAUGAUGAUGAACGUUUAAUUGAUGGAAAAAAAUUUAGUCUAUUACUUUCAAAUUUAUCUUUACAUAAAUUUAAUUAUUUUCUUCAAUAUUAUAAUUCAUCGUCUUCUUCGCUUGUUGAUUCAAAAAAAAUUGUUUCGAGUUGGAAAGAAUUUAAUCAAAAAUUUAUUUGUAUUAAAAAUGAUGAGAAAAAAUUAAUAGCUCUAUAUACUGUCCCAUUUAUAUUUUCUUAUUUAAUUUUACAUGGUACAUUAGCUCGAAAUGAAAUUUUCAUUGAUAGUUAUGCAUCUCAAGUUAAAAUGUUAACUUUAUAUGAAGUUUCAACUGAUUUAGUUGAUAUUUUUUCGAUUAUUAAAAAAUCUCGUCAAAUACAAAGACUUAAUAUACGAAUGGAUGAAAAAAUAGUACCACAAAGUUUACAACAAAUUCAUCUUGGUAAAUUACCUUAUCUUACGAAAGUUUUAGCAUGGCGUGGAUCAUCAGUUAAUAUGGAAUAUUUUCGAAGAUUACUUGAAAUAGCACCGAAUUUAUAUCAUUUAGAAGUUAAUUUUGAAUUUAUUCAAUCAUUACUUGAUAAUGAAUAUAUAUGUGAAUUAUUUCGACGUCGUAUAACUCAUCUGUAUAUAUCUAUACCUAUAACAAUAGAUGUUGAAUCAGUUGUUUCGUCAAUAUCUCGUCUUACAACAAUAGCUACAUCUUUAAAACAUUUCUAUCUCAGUUUAUUAAAAGAUUAUAAAGCAUCGGAAUUAACAAUUUUAGAUAUUCUCAAAUAUUUACCUAAUUGUCAUUGUCUUAUAUCAUUUGGAAUUGUAGAUAUUAUUAUAACAAAAGAACUCGUAUCAAAAGAUAUUCAUCAAUGGAUAUUGGAAAAUUCUACUUUAUAUGAUUAUAAACCAUUUUUUGUUGAUUAUACAGGAAAUAUAUUUCGAUUGUGGUUUUAA